GUGAAUAUGCCCGUAGUGCUUCUUUGUUUAUAUCAAUCAGCUGAUACCUUCAUCACCGCGUCCACCGGCAAACAUUUAUUUUGGGGAUAUGACAACUGUAGAGAAUAAGUUACUAGAGCAAAUAAGUGGUCCUGGAGAAAAAACAGAGCAUAGCAACAGAAAUGUGGGCUUAGUGCUGGUUGGCCUGACAGGAGGAGCAGCCAUUGGACUCAGUAUUAUUGCUGCUCCUUUUGUUGCACCUGCACUGAGAAAGGUGUGUCUUCCUUAUGUGCCAGCUACAACCCAGCAAGUCAGUAAUGUCCUGCGAGCCUUAAAAGGUCGAACUGGAACGCUGGUAGAUCUUGGCAGUGGAGAUGGUCGCAUAGUUGUUGCUGCAGCUAAAGCAACCAAAUUAUCUGGUGUUGGAGUAGAACUAAAUCCAUGGCUAGUGUGGUAUUCACGCUGGCUUGCCUGGAGGAAAGGCGUUUCAUCCUCAACUUCAUUCAUGACACAUGACCUCUGGAAGCUGAACCUACAGCAGUAUAAGAAUGUUGUGGUCUUUGGCGUUGAGGAAAUG